AUGGCUUCAUCAAGUUCUUUCGAACCCUUAAAUGAAAGUGGUUCGUAUAGAUUAUCGGAUGAUGAUGGAAAUGAUACUUAUUCACAUCGAUCAAAUAUUCGUGAAAGAAGUCCUUCUGAAGAAAAUCGUCUUUACAAAGCCCCUCGAUUAUCUCCGAACAAUGUUGACCAUGAAGAGAUUGUAAUUGUUCCAACUAUCAAACCUGUCCGACGACGUGUUGCAAAAAAAACAACUGUUACAAAAGUGUUACAAACUCCAUCUAAUACAAUCAAAACAAAUCAGUCAUUAAUAUCACGGACACGAAUACGAACAGUAUCUCCAGUAACAGUACGAAAUAAUGAUUAUGAACAAGAAAUUGACGAUGACUAUAAUGAAUAUGAAGAAGAUGAAGACGAAAAUCCACGAUCACAACAAAUACUGCCGUCAGAUGAGGGUUUUGGUCUUUGUCGAAUUCCAGUGCCACCACUUUUACCAACAUUCAGUGAUAAAGUUAAACAUAAUCUUAUGAUUGGAAAUCCUGAUCCAAUAAUGAAUGAAUUGAUUCGUGAAGCAGCUGAUUUUUAUAUGAAUGUUUAUCCGCAAUUGACACAUGGUGUUGAAUAUAAAAAAAUUGGCAUUGCUUUAAUCAAUGAAUAUCCUUGUUUAGCAUGUGAUGAUACGAUAAAUCCGCAUGGUCUAAUAACAAGUCGGUUAUCGGCACGAAUCAGAAAUGUUCGACGAAAAAUGCGUACAAGAGAAAUGAAAUGUGCUGUUCGGGGAACAAUAUAUUAG